UUACCUCACGGUCAUCCCAGCAUCAACCAAAGCUCAUCACCAAUCCAAAACAGAGAGAGAUAUGAAGACUGCUUGUGCUAUGGCGGCUGGUGUUGCGGCGUGCGCUGCGACGGCGUCAGCGUUUGUUGCUCCUAGCGCGUUCAAGGGAGCGUCGUUGACCGCCGCGAAGCCCGCGUCCUCGUCGAUGAAGAUGUCCUUCGAGACCGAAAUCGGAGCCCAGGCGCCCAUCGGCUACUGGGAUCCCCUUGGGCUCCUCACCAAGGACCCCUCCCAGGAGCGCUUCGACCGCCUCCGGUACGUGGAGAUCAAGCACGGCCGCAUCGCGAUGCUCGCCAUCCUCGGCCACAUCACCGCCCAGAACUUCCGCUUCCCCGGCAUGCUCGCCCCGUCCGCGGACCUCUCGUUCGCCGACUGCCCCAACGGGCUCGCCGCCAUCUCCAAGAUCCCCCUGUACGGCCUGAUCCAGAUCUUCCUUUUCAUCGGGUUCCUUGAGACCAAGGUUAUGUUGCAGAAGGAGGGGUCCUUCCCCGGAGACAUGUCGCUCAUCAACCCCUUCGAGAAGGAGUGGGAGUCGUGGACGGAGGAGGAGCAGGCCACCAAGAGGGCGAUCGAGCUCAACAACGGCCGCGCGGCGCAGAUGGGCAUCCUCGGCCUGAUGGUGCACGAGCAGAUCAACAACACCCCCUACGUGAUCAACGAAAUCCUCGGCUCGCACGUCCAGUUUAACUAGAGCGGAGGGAGGACCAGCCGGCCACCCCGCAUGCUGUCGUUUAUUUUUCGUGCUGGGGGCGUUUUAAAUUUUUGCUCGAAUUGAGGAAUGGGAAUAUGUUUGGGAGACGAUAAGAAACAACGUGCAGUGUGUUUUGGCGAAAUUCCCGGCAGAUGGUAGUUCGUCGACACAGACGGCAAGUCUCUUGUUCCAUUUUUGUCGUUCGGUUAUUGCCGUGAGAGCGGUUUUCUACAGGAGAGCAGGUGGAGCGGGGAUCCCCAGUCCUUCCGACUUUUUUGCGUUUGUUUGCGUUUAGAGUCUGACCGCGUAUAGUUGAAGAUGCCCGCGUCCUGGGCGUUGUUUGAUUGAUUAGUGGCUACACGGUCCGCUUUUCUGUGACGUCAUUUUGUGCAGGUCUAUAGAGAGGCGUGUGCUGGUUAACUCGCCGCUUACCCUUUUUUGGCACCUCACGAAAAGAGUGAAAACCCCAAAACUUGUUGGCUCUUGUUUAUCCCGCAUUUUGUCGGGCUUGCUGAAUGCGCACUCGAGACCCCAACGAAAACCAGAGAUCGGGGUCGAUUUUUCGACAUAUAAGUUGCGGUAUGAAGCGAGCAACAUGCCUCGCUGCAGCUCGCUCCCACGAGCUUUUAAGUAGUGGCUCCUCAUGCGUGGGAGGAGUUCCUCUCGCUCAAGUCUUGUUCGCUUCGCGUUUUCAUCUUCCAUCGAGGGAAUCCGUUCCUCUCUCCUU